CUCAGCCAUUACGCCAUACAGGAAGCUGGACGCUACGCCUCUACACGCAAGACGAAAGCCAAUUUUCUUUUGGCUUUGAGAUAUCAUGCGUGGAUUAAAUUAAACUCGUACGCCACAGUACAGAGAGUGCAGAGUUGGUACUGUGGGAAAGAGAAUACUAAGGACAGAACCACUUCAGCUUCAGUUUCAUCUAGGUUGCCCAACCACAAUGAAUACAGGGAAAGUCAAAACUAGUGUCACCCUGGGGACGGUUAUUUUGGAUCCAAGCCCUAUGCAAGAAUGCACUACCAAGGGUGCUGCUAUAUACCCAGGAAGAGUGGCCCACUCGCCUUUGGAAUUGCCGUUAGUGUUGGCGUUGUGCCUGAACCACUGGUCACAACAAAAGUGCUAACCACGAAAGCCCCGGAAGCGGCAUCCUCCGAUAAUGUAAACAUGGCAAACAAAUUCGCGAAGGCGGGGUCCUGAGAAUCUACGUAUUCUUCUUUCACUUCUGUAGUCUAAGGGAAAUUCUGGGGUUACUUAGCACUGAGACGGCCAACAAGUGACACAACAUUAUCUGCUAGCUUUGCAACCAGGAUUUGCUUUUACCAUCGUUUUCUUCUGGAAUCUUCAGGCGAGAGCACAAUGAGCGCGCGAGCGGCAGUUGACGAUCCUCAUUUCCGCGAAGCCACCCAAGUGAGGCCGCCGACUGGGAUGGAAAUUUUAGGAAAUACGAACGAAAUAUCUCUCCGGGAUGUGCUUUGGAGUCUUAUGCGGAAGCUCUGUUCGACCGUUAGGUUACUUGGAGUGUCACACUGCGAGACAUACUGGAACUUCCGGCGAAUGGCAAAGUAUUCUCUUCAACUUCACGAACAAUACAUCGACGCGGAGGGCACAACGGAGGUUGCAGUCGGACAAAUCUUUGGAUUUCUUAGAUUUUCUUCCCAAAAUCAACACGAAAGAGUAUGCGACCUUGUCCGCACAUCCUCUCUGGAGGAUAUGAGCCCUGACUUUUCGCAAACACGAUUUGCAGCGAAAUGGUCUUACCAAUUAGAGAUCUCAAGAGCUCCAACAGAAGCCGGUCAGUUCGAUGCUUGGGUUCAUGAGCAGCUUGACCAAAUGAUCUUUAUCGAGGAACUGUGCCGGUCUUUGCAUCGAUUUGUUGGUGACCGAGGACCAAACGAACGCAGUGUUUGCCAAAGAAUGUUUGAUGAGGGCCGCUACAGGGAGCGGGAGGGAUGGGCGCUAUGGGCUGGACGCAUGGGCUAUGCGGGAACUCGUCGGUUUGUUUACUAUUUUGCGAAGAAGUAGACUAUGAUGCCAGGACUAAGUUGGAGUUCAUUUCGGCUACAUACCGAAUAUCUUAGUGUUGAAGGAGAUUUUCAAAAUAGUACUCCUGUUGCAGCCAGCAGCCUCUACCAUCGGCGUAUGGAUAGUUGUCCACUGUGGAGCAUAUCGAAGAUAAGCUUGUUUAUCCUUCACACAGUAGAUCAAAGUUUGCGAGCGGCUGCUGGGUUUCGUCUUUCCUUCAACGAGUUAGUUCUGUUUUCUGAGUAAGACUCGAGCUCAAGUUGGAGUGUUCAC